CGAAUCUAUUGAUUUAUCGCCCAAUUUUCAACGACUUUUAGCAGUUGCAAUCGAAGAACUGAACCUGCAGCAUGGACAUGGACUUGAACAACGAUCUGGAGAAGCGCAUAUCGGAUGCUUUUUGUGUGUUUGAUCAUCACGGGGACAAGUUCAUAGAUGUGCGAGAGGUGGGCACGGUGCUGCGGCUGCUGGGCUGUGUGCCCACCGAGGAGGAGGUGAAUGAAGUCAUCUCGGCCACCGAGUCCGAGGAGACCAGCGGCGAGGUGCAUCUGACUAAAUUUCUGCCGCAUGUCUCGCAGCUGCUAAUGGAACGCAAAAUGGAACCUGCACCGCCGGAGAAAAUCCUGCAGGCCUUCAAGAUGCUAGAUCCCGAGAACAAGGGCUACCUCACCAAGGAGGCAUUUGGCAAGCUGAUGAUGGAGGAGGGCGAACCUUUCACCCAAGAGGAAAUGGAUGAAAUGUGGCCGGUUGCCAUAGAUCCCAUUAGCGGUCACAUACCCUACGAGUUCUACCUGAAUCAGUUGAUGGUUUAUCUGUAAGUCCUUGACAAAUUGUAGCCACUGAUGGCUCUGGACAAUCUCUGCAAAUUCAAAUAAAACAGCGUCAACACUGUA